AUGACCCAACAAGUCCAACAUGGAUCAAACAAUUCCCACAAGGAUCCAACAAGUCCCACAAGGACCAAAGAAGUCCCACAAGGACCAAAGAAGUCCAACAAGGACCCAACAAGUCCCACAAGGACCCAACAAGUCAAACAUGGACCCAACAAGUCCAACAAGGACCAAACAAGUCCAACAUGGAACCAACAAGUCCAACAAGGACCCAACAAGUCCAACAUGAACCCAACAAGUCCAACAAGGACCCAACAAGUCCAACAUGGACCCAACAAGGACCCAACAAGUCCAACAAGGACCCAACAAGUCCAACAUGGACCCAACAAGUCCAACAUGGAACCAACAUGUCCAACAAGGACCCAACAAGUCCAACAUGGACCCAACAUGUCCAACAAGUCCAACAUGGACCCAACAAGUCCAACAAGGACCCAACAAGUCCAACAAGAAGGGAACAAGCCCAAAGCCCGCAACACAAUGAACCAGCACUGCACAAGGCAACAGCACAACUUUAUUGUGUCAGACAACUAG